AUAUCUAUCCCAUUCUCGCCCGAUGGAACCUUUAUAGCUACCGGCUUAUCAAACGCCACGAUACGAUUAUGGGGUGCGAAAACUGGUCAGCAGAUCAGGGAGCCACUGGAAUGGCGCGGCAACGAGAGUAAUUCUACUGCCCUUGCUUACUCUCAUGACGGACAGUGCCUGGUUAGCGGACACAACGACGGGACGCUUCGAGUAUGGGAUAUAAGCACACACCAGAUGGUAAAGGAUCCACUUAAAGGUCAUUUCGGACAGGUUCGAGCCGUACAAUACUCUCCGGACGGCGCAUUCAUUGCCAGUGGUAGUGAAGACCGCAUUCUAAAGCUCUGGUCUGUCUCAACAGGGAACAUCAUCGACAUAGUAGGGCAUACAAAGGCUGUGAACUCGGUCUCUUUCUCACCCAGUGGCAAACGGGUCGCAACGGCAUGCGAUGACUGGCUCGUUCGCAUUUACGACGUCGAUCAACACGAUUUAAUUAUCGAAUUGCGAGGUCAUUGGGCCCCAGUACAAUGCAUUCAAUACUCUCCGGAUGGUUUGACCGUUGCCAGCGCCUCUAACGAUUGCACUAUCCGGUUGUGGAACGCCUCGACAGGUGAUCUAGCGAUGGGACCUCUCUAUGGUCACGGAUACCAUAUUUCCACCUUAUCAUUCUCUCACGAUGGUCAGAAACUCGUCACCUCCUCAGUGGACCACACCAUUCGAGUAUGGGAUGUCGCUUUGGGGGAAUGCAUUUUGGGACCAUUGUACGGGCACAACGAGCCAGUCAUAUCGGCUGUUACCUCCUACGAAAAUGAGGCCCAUUUUAUUUCCUGCUCCCGCUCUCGUGUGUAUAUUUGGAACAUACACGAUGGUGCGCCAACCAAAUCAAACAGAUUGAGGACGUAUGACACGGUUCGAGCGGUAGCGUGGUUUUCUGACGGGCAGCACUUCGCGAGCGCAGGCGAUGAUUGUUUCAUUAGAAUCUGGGAUACCCAAACAGGUCAAGAAUCCUCAAUGCGCCCUCUCGUGUUUCACGAAAAGAACGUCCAUGCAAGCGUAAGGAUGUCGCAAGGGAUGUCAAAGGGAUCACGGUAG